GUAGUUAGUCGUCGCACACUAAUUACAUCCGCAAGACUCAAUUAAAAAAAUAAACCGCAUAAAACAAAUACCAGAAAAAAAAAUAAAGAAAAACAAAAAUUAAUAAAAAAAAAUUAAUUUUUUUAAUUUUUGCCUUUAUUUUAGUUUCGAAUUGAUAAAAUCUAUAAAAAAAAAUAUUUAUUAAUUAGGUCUUACAUGACUUAGAAAACCGUUAUAAGUUUUUAUCGUUAAGAUUUACAAUUUUCAUCGAUUAAUCAAUAUUUUUAAUUGAUAAUUUUAAAAAUAAAAAGUUGGGGAAAAAAAUUAAAAAAAAAAGUUUUAUAAAAUCUUUUGGUUUUGCAUUACAAAUUAUAAAUUAAAAAAAAAAUAUUUUAAUUCUCGGUAAAAGAAAUAUAAAAUUUAUUGGAAAAUCAUGAGAGAAAUAAUCCAUUUGCAAUGUGGCCAAUGUGGAAAUCAAAUUGGAUCCAAGUUUUGGGAAUUAAUAUCAGAUGAACAUGGUAUCGAUCCAAAUGGAAUGUAUCAUGGUGAUACAGAUUUACAACUUGAACGUAUCGAUGUAUAUUAUAAUGAAGCAAGUGGUGGAAAAUAUGUACCACGUGCGGUUUUAAUUGAUUUAGAACCAGGGACAAUGGAUUCAGUUCGUAUGUCACCUUAUGGUCAAUUAUUUAGACCAGAUAAUUUUGUUUUUGGACAAUCUGGAGCUGGUAAUAACUGGGCAAAAGGACAUUAUACUGAAGGAGCUGAAUUAAUGGAGAACGUAUUAGAAACAAUACGUCAUGAAGCAGAAGGAUGUGAUUGUCUUCAAGGUUUUCAAUUGGCACAUUCUUUAGGUGGUGGUACCGGUUCUGGUAUGGGUACAUUAUUAAUAUCAAAAAUUCGUGAAGAAUAUCCAGAUAGAAUUAUGAAUACAUUUUCUGUAUUCCCAUCACCAAAGGUUUCCGAUACUGUUGUUGAACCAUAUAAUGCUACACUGUCAAUUCAUCAGCUUGUUGAGAAUACCGAUGAGACAUUUUGUAUUGACAAUGAGGCAUUAUAUGAUAUUUGUUUCAGAACAUUAAAAUUAACAUCACCAACGUAUGGGGAUUUGAAUCAUCUUGUUUCGUUGACAAUGUCCGGUGUGACAACAUGUUUACGUUUCCCAGGUCAAUUAAAUGCUGAUUUAAGAAAAUUAGCUGUUAACAUGGUGCCAUUUCCACGUCUUCAUUUCUUUAUGCCAGGUUUUGCACCAUUAACACCUAGUAGAUCACAACAGUAUUUGGCAUUAACAGUAUCUGAAUUAACGCAGCAAAUGUUCGACGCCAGAAAUAUGAUGACUGCAUGCGAUCCAAGACAUGGACGUUAUUUAACUGUUGCUUGUAUAUUCAGAGGUAAAAUGUCAAUGAAGGAAGUUGAUACACAAAUGUUAAGUGUUCAAAAUAAGAAUAGCAGUUACUUUGUUGAAUGGAUACCAAAUAAUGUUAAAGUAGCUGUUUGUGACAUACCGCCUAGAGGUUUAAAAAUGUCAGCAACAUUUAUUGGUAAUUCAACAGCAAUCCAAGAAAUAUUUAAAAGAAUUUCAGAACAAUUUACGGCAAUGUUUAGGCGUAAAGCAUUUUUACAUUGGUAUACUGGAGAAGGUAUGGAUGAAAUGGAAUUUACAGAAGCUGAAAGUAAUAUGAAUGAUUUAAUAUCAGAAUAUCAACAGUACCAGGAAGCCUCAGCGGAAGAUGAUGCUGAAUUUGAUGAAGAAGAAGAAAUACAACAGCAAGAACAGGAACAAGAACAAGAACAAAAUCAUGUUGAAGGUGAAAUGAUGUAACAAUUUUUAUAUCAGAAAACCACCGAUUAAAAUUAAUUUGUACUGAAAGAUUGAUGCAAUUUUGUUUUAAAUUUUUUAUUUUUACCAUGUAAUUAAGUUUAAAAAAAAACAAUGAGACAUGAUUUUUUCACAAAUAAUUAAAAUUAAAAAAUUUGUUUUUGCAAUUUCAUUUAGAAAAUGUAUUUAAUUAUCAAAAUAAAGACGUUGUAGUUUAAAA